AUGGCCACUAAUAAACGUACGCCCUGGUUCCAGCUCACCCCGGAGAAUGAUGUUGCUCUUGCCAUUACUCAGGAUACUCAAAAUCGAGAGCGAGUGACGGUUCGCCCAGGCGACGAGCUCGAUGUGAUUCUCGUCCAUUUUGAGGACUACUUCAAGCCCGAAUGUAUCCUUUCUUUCGGAAGAGAUAGAAAUUGUAGUAUUGUCUGCGACCCCCCAGGCUUAGAAUCAGUGUCCCGACGAUUUUCCCGACGGCACUGCCAGUUUUUUCUAUCCAACAGCUCGUUGAUGCUCCGGGACGACUCCUCUGGCGCUUCAACGACACUCACCCCUCGAGACUUGGACCCUCACGCGUGGGAACUUUCCGCCGCAUCGGGCGGCACUCCUCGUCAACGAGCCCUUCUUGAAGCUGGGGAAUGGCACCUCACCGUGGGGCCUGCUGAGUUUCUUCUUGAGUUCACUGGUAGAGGUAGAUUGGUCCACGCCUGA